UACGUCCUAAUCUCAUGCAGUCAUGCAUGAUUCUCCCCCUUAUAAAAACCCCUUGACUCCUUCACCGCAUAUCAACUUUUGAUUAGAUAAGUAACACCAAAAAAUAUGAAUUUCCCAAGAAACAUUGCAUUAUUUACAUGCUUCAUCAUCGUAACCCUAGCUCUUACCCAAAUGUGUCAUGCACAAAAUUUACCACUAGACUAUGUUAACGCCCACAAUACCGCUAGGGCGGCGGUGGGCGUUGGAAACAUACAAUGGAAUGACACAUUGGCGGCCUACGCGCAACAAUAUGCUAACCAAAGGAAGGUCGAUUGCGCCCUUCAACAUUCUGGUGGGCCGUACGGAGAGAACUUGGCCAUAGGUAGCGGCGCUUCUAUGACUGGCACCGCAGCGGUGCAACUGUGGGUGAAUGAGAAAGCUAAUUAUGACUAUUAUUCUAACACUUGUGCUAUUAAUAAAGUGUGUGGGCAUUACACUCAAGUGGUUUGGAGUAACUCAGUUCGUCUUGGAUGUGCUAGGGUUCAAUGUAACAAUGGUUGGUAUUUUAUCACUUGCAACUAUGACAUACGAGGCAAUAUUUUCGGCCAAAAACCUUACUGAACUUUCCAUCAACCUUGAUGAAUUAUGUGAUUUAGUUCAUUAAAGCAUUUGUAAUACUUUUAUGUGGAAUAAAUAAUCCUAUAUUCCUAAAUAUAUACUUGUGUGUAUGUAAGGCUUUGUUGAGUGAUAACAACUAAAUAAAGCCUUCUAGAUUUCCGGAUACUACUAUAUAUAAUAUCCUGAAGGCGACCAUUAUUGCUUAGCUUGUAUUUUACUUUUUAGCAAAUAAAAAGUUGUGAAUUAAUGUC